UUCAGGCAUAGGCUACCCUUAUAAACUUGCGUAACUGCAGGAGAUACUGCACACUACCGUCGCUUUAUGUUCAAAAGCAACAAACUACGCACUGUACGGGAACAUUGUGACGUCAGAUGAAAUGCCUUUGCCCAUGCUCGCGAGGACGAGGAAGGAUCAGGCACACUGCAGCUGAUGGAUGUGUUGUAGUGAUGUAAUGUUGCCUGUUUGGUAACUACGGAUGGCUGUUUGCGCCAGGCUCUGCGGAGUUGGUCAGUCUCGGAGGUGCCGAAGGCGACAGAGGCAUAACCAGCAGGAUCAAGGCAGCGAUUCCGACAUGGACGAGGAGGAAGAGGAGCGGAUCGUGGGCAAAGGGAGAUUCGACGCAGGUGCUUGCGGAGGCCCAGAGCGCGGCGUAGCAGCCACUGCAGGGCCGAGUGACGCUUGCGAAUAUGGCAGCGGUCGUGUCAACACAGGGGGCUUUCUGGAUCGCACGAGCACGGGACCUCCACACCCCCAGUCCUUAGCGGAAUUACCACCGGAGCUUUUAGUGGAAAUAUUCUCCUUGCUCCCAGGAACAACUCUAUCAAAUGUUGCCCUCGUUUGUAAGAAAUUCAGACAACUCCUCAAGACGGAAACCAUCUGGAGAAGGCGAUGCAUUGAAGAGUUUGGCAUGAGGGAGGAUCUGAGGAAGGUGGAAGCACGAGGAGUGACUAGCCAGGAUCUCUAUGUUAAACUACUUUACCCAUACAGGCAUAUUUUGGGCCUAUGGCAGCCUGACAUUGGCCCUUAUGGUGGAUUGCUCAAUGUUGUGGUGGACGGGUUGUUCAUCAUUGGCUGGAUGUAUUUGCCACCUCACGACCCUCGCGUGGAGGACCCCAUGAGAAGGCGCCCACUCUUCCAGAUCCACAUGAUGGAGAGCAACAAGGCCACUGUGGAGUGCAUGUAUGGACACAAAGGUCCUCACAAAGGAGACAUACAGACAGUAAAGAAGGAUGAAUUUUCAACAAAGUGUAACCAGACUGACCAUCACCGCAUGCCAGGAGGCAGACAGGAGGAGUUCAGGACAUGGUUGGAGGAAGAAUGGGGGAGGACACUGGAAGAAAUAUUUCAUGAGCACAUGCAGGAGCUUAUCCUAAUGAAGUUCAUUUAUACUAGUCAAUAUGAUAACUGCUUGACAUACCGAAGGAUCUACCUGCCACCUGCAAAGCCCUCUGACCUGCUGCAGCCAGGCCUUUUCAAAGGCACCUAUGGUAGUCAUGGCUUGGAGAUUGUCAUGCUUAGUUUCCAUGGAAUGUCUGCAAGAGCAACCAAACUCACUGGAGAUCCCAAUGUUCCUGCAGGGCAGCUCACACUGGAUGUUAACCUGUGUCGGCCUGUGGUCCUCCCAGACUUGGAGCAACAGUGUAACAUUGAGGAGCUGUCACGGCUAGUAAUGGGAGUGCAUGAGGAAGUACAGAGGGAGCAGGAACAAAAGGAAAAUGGCACUUCUGCCACAGGUAGAUGUGCAGCUGAAGGGGCCUGUGGUGGUUCCAGCGCAGCAGAGGAGAUGGAGUCAGAUCACGGUGCUUGUUCAGACAGCUGUGACUCUAGUCACAGUAGCAGAUCCAAUCCUGAAACACAGCCUUUUGUCUUGCCUAUGGGGGUCAUGGCUCGCAACGAGGAGUACCCUCGCACCUGCAGAAAAUGCUUCUAUGGGACAGGCCUGAUUGCUGGGCAUGGCUUUACAAGUCCAGAGCGCACCCCGGGGCUCUUUGUGCUGUUUGAUAAGGACCGGUUUGGUUUCAUCUGGCUGGAGUUGAAGUCUUUCAGUCUGUACAGUCGCCUGACGGACAACUUACCUCACGCUCAUGCCCCCGACUUGGAGCGAUUUGAGGCCAUGCUGCGCAACAUGCAGUCCUGGACAUCCUGAUGCACCAAGCUUUAAGUCUCCUCCCACAGUAAUAGCCAUCAUAACAACCAUUCUACACAAUUACACCUCUGUCUUCUGCUGGCAACGAUACUAUCAUGAUUAACUUAAGAGUUUGAAAGGCAUUAGGUGUUACCAUCUAACUUUAGCUUGUUCCAAUCCAAACUCUUUGAAAGGCUGCCCGUGUCACUGUUUGUCUUCACCUAACGUAUGACCUUAAUCCUCCAGUGCAGCAUGAUAACAGGUCACAAAUUGAUUUAUUCACUGUAGGACAAAAAAAACAACAACAAAGGAAUGACACCAUUUAUUAUAGAUCAAACUGUAUGUGCCUCUGAUUCUAAAUCCAUGUCUGUACUUGGCAGUGCUUGAAGAAGACAAAGGUGUCCAAUGUAUUCUACUAUAUAAUAUAGUAUUAUACUGAGUUCAGUGCCCAACAUAUUAAACUGCAUGCUGCAUUUAUUUACACUCAUAACCACUAUCUGAACCUGUUUUGUUUUCAAUAAAGCAGCAUGCCUUUUUCCCCCCCUCAGUUUUUUCCUUUAGAGACAUCCAGACUUUAGAAAAGACAGCAUCUCAGGUGUUUCUCUUUGCCCGACAUUAGUGAUACAAGGACAGACGAGUAUUAAGUACAACAAACGUGUUUUAAGUUUCAUUCAUUGUAUGGUGUCAAAUAGAAUUGCUGAAUAGGUUUUACAAGCGGGCAAUUUUCUAACUGUUCACCCGCCGUCUUAUCAAACACGGUACUUACAUCAACCAGCGUUGGUCAGACGUUUAUGUCCUUCAGCAACAUCAGACAUGCUUACUAUCACCACACCUGAAUUAUUAUGUAAGAUGGAAAAAGGAAUUGUAAUGUGACAACGAUAACAGAUACAUAAUCUGGAUUUAUUCAAAGUAUCAGCGUUAGACAGUUUAUGCUUCUGUAACUAUGGUAUGAAACUGAAGCUUCACUUACCUUUGAAAUGUAUUGAGUUUGUUUAAUGGCUGACACAGUGUUUGCCUGGCUUUAUACCUGCAAAGUUAUUCCCUACAGGUUUCCCAGUUGUUUUAAAUUCUAGACCUUGUAGCUGAACAUUAUACGAUCUAACAGCGCAGUACCAAGUAAGUGUCUGUAUGUCUCAUUAUGGCCUGAUGGUGAUGCCCAGUAGCUUUCCUACUCCAAGUGCACUUUUCUGGGCAAUAUAUUGAAUCAUUUGAAAACCACUGGCCAGCACUUUUAUAUCAGACUGCAGCUUUACUAAUAUUUGCAAAAAAUAGAUAUCUGCUAAAGCGUUGUUGUGUUUCCUUUUUGUCCCUCCAUUAAAUUCCAUCUCAACUUUAGUGAAUUUGUUUGAUAAGUUAUUUUCUCUGUAACCCAGCUGUUUGAAUAAUUUGCCUUUUAAAAGUGUUGCUUUGUACUAUUUUAAAUGCCAUAUGCCUGAAUUUGUGGAAAACUAAGUUUGACCUAUUGAACUGCUCACAUCAGACUUCAGGGAGCUUUUCAGCUUAAGCGCUCUUCUCAGUAAUGAAUAAACAAAAGAGGAAAAAAAAAAAGAAAAAAGAA